UUGCUUUUCACACCUGUACUGUUUCAGCUCGGUUGCAAACAGUCAACAUGCCGAAACACAUUGAUGGGGGUCUCACAAAUACCAGGAAUGCACCUCAUGUUCUUGCUGCUGUUCAGGCACUCCUCCACUGUUCCGCAAUGGUUGACUUCAUUCUCGACGACCUCGAACAUAGAGAAUCAUGCAAGUCCCUACUGUGCAUGUGCUGUGCCCUUUUCAAGCUGUACGAUGAAAUUGAAAAACGUGGGAUAGGAAAUCCGACUACAUUUGUCCAUAAGUGGAAUGAUGUAUCCAAGAUGAUGAGUGCUGCAGAUAGGUCCAGCCCAUUGAAAGUGCUUGAGAUUUUCAUAGAUAAAUUACGAUUUGAACAGGUUGACAGAAAUGAUGAGUAAGUCUAGAAUUUUGUUAUUUAACUAUGUGCUUCCAACUUGUUGAAACUUUCACUUUAAAAAUUUUUACAGCUUCAAAUAUUUACA